CUAUAUAUAACACAGCAAACCCUUCCGCACCAACAUUAACAACUUACAACGCAUCAGCUUCCUGUAGUUUUUCUCUUCAUCUUCUGCUGCUGUCCGACCCACCAAUUCUGACUCUUCCUAUACCGCCUUUCUUUUCUCUGCUGCCUUCAUUUUAGUUUUCUCGCCUGAAAUGUCCACCUCCUCGGAGUAUUCAGGAUUUUCCGGUAACCGGCCGGUGAAGACGACGCCGGAGAAGUCCACGUUCUCUCAGACUUGCAGUCUAUUGAGUCAAUACCUCAAGGACAAGGGUACAUUCGGAGACCUUACUCUCGGGAUGACACGCACCGUCGAAGCAAACGGUUCUUCUUCUGAAGCAUCGUGUCACCCUCCAACAACCAUGGAGUUGUUUCCCACCAUCUUGACCCAAAGGAACCUUUCUGUUGUGGAUUUCUUCUCUCCGGAGCCUGCUUAUCUUCACCAAUCAGAGCUUCCAACUUUUGUGAAUAUGUCAAGUGGUUUCAAGUCUGUGGAGAAGGAGCCCAAAUCUGCUCCUUUGACAAUCUUUUAUGCUGGACAAGUGAUUGUGUUUAAUGAUUUUCCCCCUGAAAAGAUGGAGGAGAUAAUGGCACUGGCAAGCAAGGGAAUGCCCCAAAGCCCAAACUACCAGGCAUAUGCUCACACUAGAAACCAGCAAGGAAAUCAUACUUCCUUUGUUGCUAAUGUCCCUCAACCAUCUCCCAUACCAACUGUUCGAGAUCUUCCAAUUGCGAGGAAAGUUUCACUUCAUCGGUUCUUCGAGAAGAGAAAACACAGAAUUGCUGCCAAUGCGCCAUAUCAAAUAAACAAUCUCAACUCUGUUGCAAAUAAGCAUGCCGCAGAAUCCAUUCCAUGGCUUGGAUUUGGUGUUCCAUCAAAACAAAUAUGAGGAAAAUUGUAAUUUUAAGUAGUUUUAACCAUUUUUUUCUUCUUUGUUUGAUUUGCUAGCUCUUUGUGGUGUUAGUUUCACAUUGCUUUGACCGUGGCAAAUCUAAACAUUAGUAACAAUAGUACAGUAUUAGAUGAAGGUUUUGAUUUACAAUUCUAAAUUAUUUGCCCUGAGUAGCGUUUCUAA